GUGCUUCUUUCUCUCUCCAUUCUAUUCUGCUCGUGGGUGAAUUCCGGAGCCUCCGUCAUUGUCUCCAGGGCGCGUUAGCGGCGUGCUGCGGAGACGUUGCUGCUCAGGAGCCUGCGGCCUGCAAUCCCGACCUACCAGCUGCUUAGGGUAGCACCCAGGUGGGGACUUGAGAUGCCCAAGCGAGGGAAGAAGAAAGAAGAUGGAGCCAUCCCAGAGGAGAAGGAAGCAGCAGAACCAGAGCCCAAGAAGGCUAAGAAAGGUGAAACAAAAGCCGGGAAGGAAGCUGAUGGCCCGAUCAUGUAUCAGGAUCCUCCUGAUAAACUCACCUCUCCUAGCGGCAAGAAAUACACAUUGAAGGUCACUUCCUGGAACGUAGAUGGGAUCCGAGCCUGGUUCAAGAAGAAAGGCCUGGAGUGGUUGUCCGAGGAGAACCCCGAUGUCCUCUGCCUUCAGGAAACCAAGUGUGCAGAAAAGCAGCUUCCUGCAGAAAUCCGGGACCUGGCUGAAUACCCCCACAAGUACUGGGCCUGCUCUGACGACAAGGAAGGCUACAGCGGUGUGGCCCUGCUCUCGAAGCGCAAGCCCGACCAUGUGGCGUACGGCAUCGGGGAGGAGGAGCAUGACAAGGAGGGCCGUGUGAUCACGGCCGAGUUCCCCUCCUACUUCCUGGUGACGGCCUACGUGCCCAACGCCGGCCGGGGGCUGGUGCGCCUGGAGUACCGCCAGCGCUGGGACACGGCCUUCCGCUCUUACCUGCAAGGCUUGGCCGCCCGCAAGCCCCUCAUCCUGUGCGGCGACCUCAACGUGGCACAUGGAGAGAUCGACCUGAAGAACCCCAAGGGCAACAAGAAGAACGCGGGCUUCACCCCCGAGGAGCGCGCCGGCUUCAGCAAGCUGCUGGAAGCCGGCUUCGUCGACACCUUCCGGCACCUGUACCCCGACACGGCCUACGCCUACACCUUCUGGACCUACAUGAUGAACGCCCGGGCCAAGAACGUGGGCUGGCGCCUUGACUACUUCGUGGUCUCCCAGGAUCUGCUGGACAGCCUCUGCGACAGCAAGAUCCGCUCCACGGCCCUGGGGAGCGACCACUGUCCCAUCACCCUGUACAUGGCCGUGUGAUGUGGCACACGGGGAGGGAGGGAGGGUGGUCUUUCCGCCGCCCCACCCCAUGGCCACCUUUGGGGGUGGUCAGAGGUGGCUGGAGGAAACGUGACAUCUCUUUUCUACCGUAUGCAAACAUAGGGGCAGGCAUGUCGCUGGCAUGUGCCUUUAGGGGAGGGGUUGGAAUUUGUGUUUUGCCCCCUUUGUAGGGAACAGUUGGUGCAACAUAGCCAGCUUCUGACACGAGAAAUCGCCUCUUGCGAUUUUCCAAGGCCAGUCUGGGCUAGCAAAAUAGCUUGUCCCCCCCGCUCUCCCCAGCCUGUUCCAGCAAGCGAGUUUCAUUCCAGAGUAGAACAGACCCAUGUAGACAAGCCAUAUUGCUCCCCCUUUCUUUCCUUGCCGUCGGGGCUGUUAAAACAGGUGGGGUUUCCGGUUCGCUGCUGGCAACUCUAUGCACGGGUGUUCUCAAAAGGGGGAUUUUAGGGGAAAGGUGUGUGCCCUCUUCUUCCAACCCUGCCUGAUACCCCUGUAACUGUCCAUCUUGCCCGCUUUUCUCCUCCAAGCAACCAUUUCUCCUUUGAAUCAGCCUUCCUCCUUCCACACUCUGCCCUGUCCCUGCUUUCUGCUCUUUCAAAGCUGUGGUCCUCCGAGUUGUAACCAUUUAGUAAGUACAUUAAACUUCCCUUUUAAAAAAAUACUCUCGAGAACACUGAUGUUUUUUUCUUGAAGAACUUCAUUCUCGGUGCAGAGCCACUAGACUUUCAGCAGGACUCUAUAUUGUUUUAAAAAUCUACUCUUAAGUGGCCAGGAGGCCAAGCAGUUUCUUCCAUGCCCGUUGAAUCCUCAUAGUGACCCUGUGAAGGAGGUUAACUCAGCUUCUCAGAAAGAU